UGCCUCUUCAAUCGAACGGCACGCAAAAUUCAAAUUAAUUCUUGACUCUUCAGUUCAGUGGUUCUUUUUUCUACAUUUUUACUAAAAUUUCUCUAAAGUUUUCGGUACAUCUUGUAUGGGGGGAAAAUAUUUUAUUAAAAAAAUCACUCAGAUCAUCAAGACAAAUCAAAACUUUUUCAAAUUAUUGUGAUUAUUUUUCUUAAAUUUGGAAAAUUUUUGGAAUAUUUUUUUAUCAACUUGUGAAUUUAUGGCCACACAUACGCCCGGCAAAUUCUACGACGCCAUCCAUCAUUGUUCGGUCAGGCUUAAAUGAGAAAGAAGAUCGGAAUCUGUGAAAUUUAUUAAGUUCUUUAAGGAAAAAAUAAGUAAAAUCAAAUCUAAUAUCAAUCGUGAACAAUUUUUAGGCACACCGCCCUAUUUGAAACACUUAACAAAUUGCAUUAACUUAAAAAAAAAUCAAGUAAAUAAGUUAAUACCAAUCAACUCACGAAAAAGAAAACAUUGAUCGCUGGUAAUUCCGACGAACAUCAUUUGCUCUUGUCAAGUGGAACUCACAAAACGGCAAGAUGCAAGUACAACAGAAACAAUUCACCGGCCUCGUUGCCGAUCUUAUGCCUAACAUUAAGCUUAUGCGAUUAUUAGGCCAUUUUCUUCAUAAAUUAUCCAAUGGACCGACUUUCCUGAAUAAACUCUAUUCGAUGAUGCAUCUCAUUCUGAUGUUAUUGCAAUUUAUUUGUAUUGUCGUUAAUUUGGCAAUGAACACCAGCGAAGUUAAUGAAUUAACGGCAAACACUGUCACAGCACUACAUUUUACACAUACGAUUACGAAAUUCAGCUAUUUGGCCAUCAACAAUAAGAAUUUCUAUCGUACGUUUAACAUUUGGAAUCAAUCAAACUCCCAUCCGUUGUUCGCUGAAUCUGAUGCCCGUUAUCAUAGCAUUGCUUUGGCCAAAAUGCGCAAGAAUUUCUACAUGAUUACUGGAUUAACUUUGGGAGUUGUAGUAUCUUGGUCAACGAUCACCUUUUUUGGUGAAAGUGUUAAGGGUGUCUUCGAUAAAGAGACAAACGAAACUUACUUUGUCGAAGUUCCACGUCUGCCGUUCAAAUCAUAUUAUCCAUGGAAUGCAAUGAGCGGAAUUCCUUACAUCGGUACAUUCGUUUUCCAGGUCUACUACUUACUUUUUUCUAUGUUGGCCUGCAAUCUUACCGAUGUCCUUUUCUGCUCAUGGUUAUGCUUCGCCUGCGAACAACUAUGCCAUUUGAAGGGCAUCUUAAAACCAUUGAUGGAACUAUCUGCAUCAUUGGACACAUACCGACCAAAUUCGGCCGCUCUUUUCCGUUCAUUGUCUGCUAAUUCCAAUUCCGAAUUAGUCAACAAUGAUGAACUUGACCGUGACGACGAUAAAUCCAACGUAUUUGUACCAAAAGCUGAAUGGGGCGGAACUUUUAAAGUUCCACCAAACUUGGCCAAUCCGAAUGGCUUGAGCAAAAAACAGGAGAUCAUGGUUCGCAGUGCAAUCAAGUACUGGGUUGAACGUCAUAAGCACGUUGUACGGCUUGUAUCGGCUAUUGGUGACACAUAUGGUGCGGCUCUUCUAUUACACAUGUUGACAUCAACCAUUUGCCUGACUCUGUUGGCCUAUCAAGCAACAAAAAUCGAUGGCAUCAACGUUUAUGCUUUCUCAACAAUCGGUUAUUUGGUUUAUGCACUCGGCCAAGUAUUCCAUUUCUGUAUAUUUGGUAAUCGGUUGAUCGAAGAGAGUUCAUCGGUCAUGGAAGCAGCUUACUGUUGCCAUUGGUAUGAUGGUUCAGAGGAAGCAAAAACAUUUGUUCAAAUCGUUUGCCAACAAUGCCAAAAGGCUAUGACUAUUUCCGGCGCCAAAUUCUUCACCGUUUCACUCGAUCUAUUCGCUUCGGUGCUUGGUGCUGUUGUGACCUACUUCAUGGUGUUGGUGCAACUCAAAUAAAUACCUCUUGUCAUCAUUGGAACAAGGGAGAAUAUACCGAAACCAAAUUAUUGGGAUUCGGACACAAUUUUCCAGCAUUUUUUUUUCACAGUAUACUUAUUUAAACAGUCAGUUUUUUAUGUCACAUAUAUAAAAAAUAUUAUUUAUCACACACAAACACGUAAUAAUGCAUAUAUACAAAUUUCAAGGGCCAUGACAUGCAUAAUUUCUAUGCAUUUUUGAAACUCAAUUAUGAUAAAAAAAAUUAUUCACAAUAAUUUCACAAAAUUUUGAUCAAUUCAAUGAUUUUAUUUAAUACUUGAAGUAAAAUAAAAUAACUUUAAGAUUCACUAUUACAACGAUCAUUUUUAAUUAAAUGACUUGAGAUUUACAUUUUUUGAAUAAUAAAUGAUAUUUUUUAAAAAUAUUCAAUAGCCAAAUAUAAACAGUUAUAUAUAAAUUAUUCAAGCAGAUCAAAUUAGUUUAUAGUUUAUCCAUUGAAGCAUUUAUAGUAAUAGAAUUAUUACAAGCGUGAAAUGACGCAUAUAAAUAAACUAUUUUCUUUCCACCGAAUUAUAAAAAAAAUAUUAUGAAUAUUACUUUGCAAUAACAUCUUUUGCCGUACGAGUAAAAGAAAUCAUUUGAAAAAAAAAAACUGUAUUAAUUUAAAUUAUAAUUUUGAAAUAUGAUUUGAUUCAGAAUCAAAUUGUUUUGAAGAGCACUUUUUAUUUUGGUCGUUUCUCAUCAAUUUUUAUGAAUAAUAAAAUUUAAAUUAUGAAGUGACCUUUUCUUGUACAAUGAAAACUGUUAUCAUCAAAUACGGUUGUUAUAAAAAAAUGUAGACAUAGUUUAUGAGCUCAGCAUACAAAUUUACAUUCUGGUCUAAUUGUAAAACUGAGCAUUUACGUAGUUCCUAGGAUUGAUUAUUUUUUGAAUAUUUUGAAACGUAUAAUUACGAUACGCUUAAAAUUAUUAUUUUUUUCAACACUUAAAAUGCUGCAUUUAUUUUCAAAAAGAAAUAAAUAAAACAAGAAAAAAAAUGAAUUUAUAAAUGCAAAAACAUCAGUUGAAAAAUACUUAUCAAUCUUUCUUCGAUACAAAGCACCAGACAAUAUAUUAAAUUAACUGGUUAGUUGAGCUGGCAGUACAUUAGCCAGCUAAAUGGGCUAAAACAAUAGACGUUAUUGUUUUAAUGAUGUCUGCAAAGCACAUCAAUAUAAGAAAAUAGUUUUUGUUUUUCAAAAAGAUACUGGAUUUUUAAUAACUAACAUUAGUAUGAUCAUGAAUCAAAUCCUAAAAUAGGCUGACAAUAUGCUCAAUAAUAAUUUGUUGUAAAUAUUAAAUAUGUUAUAUAAUAGUAUUGAAUUACAAAAUAAACUACUCUGAUUUAAGUAUACCAAAACAUAUUUGGUACAAUUCGAAAAUAUUCAAACAUUUUAAUUUGCAUAUUUGAUAUUGUCAGUCUUUGAACAAGAACAAAAAAACUCUUUUUAUAUUUGCACCAUUCAAGUACAUUUACAAUUAUUAUUUUAAAAAGUACGCAAAAUAUUUAAAAAUUACUGUGUUGAAUAAAAAGAACAUUUAACUAUUAUGAGAUUUAAAAAUGACUCUAUUUACAUAGAGAGCGAAAGGGAGAGAGAAAAUAAACAAUAUCGUUCAGUUCAAAUAUUAUUUUGUGGCUUGUUGUUUUGCACACGUACAAAAAAGCCAAAGCAUUAUAUAUUAUCAAUAAUCAACACACAACGAAAGUUUUUUUUUUUAAUGUUGUAUGUUUAUAUUAAUAGUUGGAUUUGAUUAAUUAAUUGCUUUUCCCAAUGGGGGAAAAUAAAUACGCUUCAAUUUUUUUUGUGAAUAUCGAACAUGAUAAAUCAACCAAAUAAAGUGGUGUUGUGGUUUCAAUUGUUGUCAAAACUAUGGAUAGGCGACAUUUGGAAACAUCUAUUCGUUCGAAGAGAAUACACAUUUUUUGUCCCGAACUAAAAAAAAGUCAUUUUUAAUUCAGACAUCGAAUUGAUUUUAAUUUUGAUAAAUGGGUUGUUGCACCAAAUAUUUUUGCCUUUAAACAAAUUGCAAUUAUAUAGAUUAAGAAUUUGCUAUGAAUCAUAGUAUAGUGUUCACAUGCCUUUUGCGCAGAAUAUUUUGAAUAAUAUAUAUUAAUUAUGUACCAGCAAAAUUACAAUUGAACAAAAAAAGAUAUGAACGCAUUAAAAGUCAACAAUGGAAAAUUAUCCAUUCAAAAUUGAUG